AUGCCAGCGCGAUGGGAACCUGCAGAGCGACAUGUGGUUCACGUUGCCAGAAGUGAGUUCGAACUUCCGUGGAAGCAGAUCGCGAUGAUAUUUGGUGAUAUAUUCAAGGUUGACUGGAAAGGAACGGCUUUGCCCAAGGAUAGUCAGCUCCGUCAGGAGUAUCAAGGCCGUAAAGCAAAGAUGUGGACGCAGGUGAUCAUCAAGGACGAGUACACUUCGGAGGAAAAGGCGUUGCGAAAAGUGCCAGCGGAUCUGCUGCUGGUACAACACCAAUUCCAACCUCCACCUCGGGCCCUUCAGGCACUAUAUCUUCGACCAACGCUGCUCAGAGUGAUACCACCAGUCAUCGCCAAGCGCAUGCUCGACAUCCUGCGGCUGCGGAACAUACCGACGAGCAGCACGUCGAUGCCCUACCGUCCAAACUCCCAAAACUACGUCUGA